GCAGCCAAAACGAAUAAAUACGGGUCAUUAUGGUUUUGUUAACACUGCAUAAUAGAAGAGGGUUGAAUUGCUUGUGCGCGCAGUUCUUGCUGUGGAUUUUAUGUGCUGUGGACGGUGAGGAGCAGCAAUUCAGUGUGGAGGCUUGGCUGCAGAGGUAUGGCUACCUCCCUCCCACAGACCCCAGAAUGUCCGUCCUGCGGUCAGAACAGACCAUGCAUUCUGCUAUCGCUGCCAUGCAGCGUCUCUACGGCCUUAACGUCACCGGUGAACUGGAUAAGAACACCAUUGAUGAUAUCACCAUAAGCUGGAUGAAGAAGCCACGAUGUGGGGUGCCAGACCAGUUCGGCGGUGCCUCGAAAUUUAGCGUCCGAAAAAGACGUUACGCCCUCACAGGGCAGAAAUGGCAACACAAACAUAUCACAUACAGUAUAAAAAACGUCACACCUAAGGUGGGAGCGGAGGAGACCCACAAUGCCAUUCGCCGGGCGUUCGAUGUGUGGCAGAAUGUCACGCCGCUGCGUUUUGAGGCAGUGCCCUACAGCGACCUGGAGCGCAACAAGAAAGAUGUGGAUAUUACUAUCAUUUUCGCCUCAGGUUUCCACGGCGAUAGCUCCCCCUUCGAUGGAGAAGGGGGUUUCCUUGCACAUGCCUACUUUCCCGGUCCAGGGAUUGGAGGAGACACACACUUCGAUUCGGAUGAGCCCUGGACUCUGGGGAACCCUAACCAUGACGGGAAUGACCUCUUCCUGGUGGCAGUACAUGAGCUGGGUCACGCGCUAGGCCUGGAGCACUCCAACGACCCCACUGCCAUCAUGGCCCCCUUCUACCAGUACAUGGACACAGAGAACUUCAGACUGCCACAUGACGAUCUGCAGGGCAUCCAGAAGAUCUACGGACCUCCAGAUAAACUUCCCCAACCCACGAGACCUCUACCGACAGUCCCACCGGCCCGCUCGCACCCUCCCGCAGAUCCACGCAAAAACGACAGGCAGACGAGACCCCCGCGAAUACCGACCGGCGACAAACCAAUGCACCCCAACGCCAAGCCAGACAUCUGCGACGGCGGCUUCAACACGCUAGCCAUCCUCAGGAGGGAGAUGUUUGUCUUCAAGGACCACUGGUUUUGGAGGGUCAGAGAUAAUGCUGUGAUGCCCGGUUACCCCAUGCUCAUCAAUGUUUUCUGGAGAGGUCUGCCACCCAAGAUCGACGCCGUCUAUGAGAACAGCAAGGGAAAAUUUGUGUUCUUCAAAGGCAAGCAGUUCUGGGUGUUCAAGGACACAAUGCUACAGCCUGGCUACCCGCAGGACAUCUCAAUGUUUGGAAACGGCAUGCCGGCGCAGAGUAUAGAGACAGCCGUCUGGUGGGAGGACGUGGCCAAGACCUACUUCUUCAAAGGAGAUAGGUAUUGGAGAUAUAAUGAAGACUUGAAAAUGAUAGAUCCUGGUUAUCCCAAAUCCAUCACUGUAUGGAAGGGUGUUCCAGAUUCUCCACAAGGAGCGUUUGUGGACAAAGCUAACGGUUUCACUUACUUCUACAAGGACAAAGAGUAUUGGAAGUUCAACAAUCACAGGCUGCGGGUGGAGCCGGGCUACCCUCGCUCCAUCCUCAAAGACUUCAUGGGAUGCGACCUCACACCCAUCGACCCUGACAUGCAGCCGACGGAGGACGAGGACGUGGUGAUUAAACUGGACAACGAAGCCAGCACGGUCAAAGCCAUCGCAAUCGUCAUUCCCUGCGUCCUGGCGCUCUGCCUGCUGGUGUUGAUCUACACCGUCUUUCAGUUCAAGAGGAAGGGGACACCCCGACACAUACUGUACUGCAAACGCUCCAUGCAGGAGUGGGUGUGAGUCACACGGCCACAAGACACGGUGGCGUAAACACCCUAAACUUGCGGACUUUGGCUCUCGACCUGCGUCUCACUCAAGGAGAACAGCGAGGGCCUUUGCUUUGAUUCCCCCCUCCAGGAGACGAGGGGCGCAUUUCCCUCCAAAACUCCCUUCUCUUGUCCCAUUGGCCCCAGUGCACCCGCUGUAGGACUUGCGGGAGGCUUGCGGGAUUGCAAGGAUCCCAUGGUGCAUUGCGCCAUCCAGUGCCACCGUUCGAUGUGGAAAUCGCUGAUUGCUAUACCUUUAGGUUUUAAAAGUGCACGCUGAAAACAUGAAAAAAUUAACGAAAAUGUCGCUGGAGUCGCGUUUUUUUUUACUUUUUCGAAUUUUCGCUUGACUCCGAUCUAUUUAUUUUCAAACAGAAAUAUUUACGAUUCCCUUUAAAGCAUCCCAAACCAAAUAAGACUCCAAAGAGGAUCUUUUUUCUUCUUUUUACUUUUUUUUAUUAUUAUUAUUAUUUUUCCCUCCCUGCUCUAAAUAUUUUGCAGUGAUAUGUAGUGGGGGGAGUUUUGACUGUUGUGGCAGUCUGUCUCAAAAACAGGGGCCAAAAUAUUCUGCAAUAUUUUUAAUAGCCUUAAUUAUUGAUUGUGUUGUUGCUUUUGUUUUCGUUUAUUCGUUUUUUUUUAAGCACCGCUUCGUUUGUCCUGUCGGAACGGCAGUGCAAUAUUGCUUUGCUCCCUUUGAGAUCGAUUUGAGACCUCAUUUUUGCCAGGGGCCGCACUGGAACGGGGCGGGACUCCUUAACCUCUGCCUAACAUAUCAGUCAAAACAGAGGGAAGACCAAGCCACUGCAACGACGAAUACUUUAUCGCGUUUUUUCCGUCCGACGGUAGAAUUGCAAUGCAAAGGAAGUGCUUGAACCGUUUAUCGUGCUUAACGCUCACUCGUUUGGUCGUGUUUACACGGACAGAGAUUUGAGAAUUCGUUUCUUCCCUUUUUCCGAAAGGUUGCUGUUCGAGACAGAGCAUGUCAUCUCCUUCGGACUGCCUUGUUUUUAGGUCUGGAUGGGAUCCGAGAACCUUGACGUUUGAACCAGAACCACCAGAGCAACUCAGGACAGCGCUUGAUUCAAAGUGUAUGCAAGCCUUCACAUCCAGUCCUGUGUCUUUAUUAUCAACCGAGAAGAAAAUCAAGGAUAUAUCAUGUAACGUUUCACCAUUGCUUGUGAUCGGAAGUUUCUGCGAAAGGAUCGGAUGAUUUUUUUUUUUUAUGGAGUCAGAACUUUCGGUUCAAUUCAUGUCUCGCAGUCUGACGCUAGAUCGGUCCUUUGCAUCGAACGGAUGUAUGUUUGAACAUACAGUUAUUUGCUUGCAUUAGCAUUUUUUAUGUUUGUUUUUCAUUUUUUUGGUACAUUUGAAAUCAAAUGGUCUCAACCUCAACUUUAAAGUGGUACUUAAAGUGCUAAGCUGUCAUCCGGCACGUUUCCUUUAGAUACGAGAAAAAAAGAAAAAAAAACGUACGUGAUCUAAAGGAAACCAUAUACGUGUUUCUGGCAAGCAGUGUUUGAAUGUGUGUCUGUAUUGAUGCUAGAUUUUUCUUUUUUCUUUCUUUUUUCCUUUUUCAUUGUUUUAAGAAAAAAAGGAAAAAAAUGGGACAUUCUUCAAAUUCAUGUACUUCAUGACUUGGUUUGGGACGAACCGUCCUGACAGACUUAAUAAAUUAAUCAGUAUAUGAUUAAAAUGCCUUUUAGCGCUUUGUUCACAUUUACUAUACAUACAUAUUCAGUCUGGGAAAAUAUAAACAUCUACUCUUUCAACUAACACAAAUACCAUGGUAAUAGCAUAGUAUUUUAGUACGGUAAUCAUUUAGUACCACACAAUAUAUCAAAACACUAUGGUAUUACCAUGGUACAGCCACAAUACUUUUCUGACUUUCGUUCACUUACAAAAAAUGUACCAUGGUAUUUUGGACAUUGUACCAUGAUACUAUUAUGUUAUUUACUAUGGUAUUUUUGACAUUUUACCAUGGUACUACCAUGGUGUUCUCAACAUGGAACUGGGGUAAUAUUUUGGACAUUUUGCCGUGACAUUUGAACAUAGUAAGUGCCAUGAUACUACUACGGUAUUUUGAACAUGGCACCAUGGUACUAUGGAAUCUACUAUGGUAUUUUUGACAUUUUACCAUGACAUUUGAUCAUGACACCAUGAUACUACUAUGGUAGUUAGACCAUUUUACCAUGGGACUGCUAUGGUAUUUUGAACAUGGUACCAUGAUACGACUAUGGCAUUUACUAUGGUAGUUUGAACAUUUUACCAUGGGACUGUUAGUAUUGUACAUGGUAGCAUUAUACUACUAUGGUAUGUACUUUGGUAUUUUGGACAUUUUACCAUGGUACUGGUAAAUUGAAAAUGUACCAUAGCACUACCAUCCGAUUUUACACAAUGUACCAUUACUGCCAUGAUAUUUUAUAUAUGGUAUCAUUUGACCAUGGUACUACUAUGGUAUUUUUAACACAUACCAUGGUAUUACCAUAGUAUUUUUGACUUUUUAUCAUGGCAAUACAAUGGUAUUCUGAUAUACAAUGGUAUUCUGUACCACUGUAUUAAGAACACGUGACAUAUUCUUGGAAAUACCAUGUAAAUACAAUGUCAUGUGAGUUCCAGUACCAUGGUAUAUCUCAAAAGCCUCUGAUGUACCAUGUACAGUACAUUUUGUAAGUGUUCAAUCCACUCUCUUUCUCACUGUGUAUAUGUGUGUAUGUGCGCAUUCGCAUGAGUGCAUCUGAACGUUUCCCAGAAUCCCAGCCGAUCAAACAAAAGUCAGCUUUGAACAGCUGAGAGGAAACGACAAUCAUUAAAUAAUCCAGAAAAUCGAGUAUCAUAAAGGUGGUGUGUAUCCUGUGGUUAUAUUUAGCUAGAAUGAUAAGAAUCAGAGCAUAAAAUAUGAGACGGCGGUGGGCAGAGGCAUUUAGAACUCGCCAAGUGCAAAAGUAAACAGAGACAGCCGCAGCCCAUGCGCAUUCUGAUUGGCCGUUGGGGCGCUGGCAUGGUGGAUGAGGUCAGGUCGGGCAUCCAACUGCCAUCUAUGUUCCAAUUCAAAUCUAGCUCAGCAAAAUGACUGCGGCCAUGGUUACUGCAAGCAUAACGGCUGAGAUGAGAGAUUAAAGCGCUAAAUGAUCCGAAUUACUGUCUGUGACUGUUUUUUUAAACGUUAAUCACUCUAAACCGACCAGCAAUGUUGAUAUGGGAUGGGAUAAUAGGGAUGUGCGAAACUACAAAUUGUCAAAUUCAAGUACUCGGUGGGUCGUCUGAAUGACUAGUCAACUAGUUAGGAUCAAAUGUAGGGCCAAAAAUAUCUGAUGCAUGUACACUACUAUUCAAAAGUCUUGGGUUGGUAAGACUUUUUUGUGAUGAUUAUGAAAUAUGUUUCUUCUGCUCACCAAGGCUGCAUUUAUAUGAUACAAAUACAUUGAAAACUCUAAUAUUGUGAAAUAUUAUUACAUUUGAAAAUAACUGUUUUCUAUUUAAAUAUAUAUUAAAAUGUCAUUUAUUCCUGUGAUGCAAAGCUGAAUUUUCAGUAUCAUUCCUCCAGUCUUCAGUGUCACAUGAUCCUUCAGAAAGCUUUCAGAUAUGCUGAUUUGCUGCUGCUCAAGAAACAUUUCUUAUUAUUACCAAUGCAUAAAACAGUUGUGCUGCUGAAACCCAUGAGAUUUUUUCCCCCGAAUUCUUCAGUGAAAAGGAAGUUCAAAAGAACAUCUAUUUGAAAAAGAAAACAUCUGUGACAUUAUGUCUUUACUGUCACUUUUGGUUAAAUUAAUAUGGAAGGCAGUUUCUGCCACCAAAUAAAAUAAAAAAAUAUAUAUAUAAAGGUAAUUGCAACUUUUUAGCAAGCAAUUCUUACUUUAUCGGAAAAGUCUGAAUUGUGAGAUAAAAAAGUCGCAAUUACAUUGUUACAAUUUUUUUAGUGUGUGGUGCAAAAAAACAAACAAAAAAAAACACGUAAUUGUGAAAUGUAAACUUAGGAUUCGGAGGGGGAAAAAAACUUUGAGAGAAAGUUUAUAUUUCACAAUUUUGAUUUUUUUUUUCUCAAAAUUGCAAGAAACAAAGUCCAAAUUAUGAGAUAUAAACUCAGUUAUAAAAACAGUUGCAAUUAAUUUUUUUUUUUUUUUUCAUUUUUUAUUCAGUGGUGUAAAAAUAAAUAAAUAAAUAAUAAAUAAAACAAACAAACAAACCCUACACCUUUAAAUGGUAGUGUACAUAAACUAUAAAAGUAAUUUUUUUUUUUUUUAUUAUUAUUAAAUUAGUAAAAUAAUAUAUUCAUCUGACUAUAAUUUUCUUAAAAGUGGUGAAUUUGUUUUUCAAUGGAAUCAAUGGUGGAAUAAACUAAAGAUUUAUGCUGAAAAUCUAAUGAUCAUGCUAAAGCUCAGUGUUCUAAAUGUUCACUGUGAAGUUGUGUCUCUAAAUUCAUCCCCUUUAAACUGCAACAAAAAUAUUUAAGCAUAAAAAAUAAAAAAUCUACUAUUUGAACUAAUUUUUGGAUGUCUAUCUGACUAGUUGAUCAGAAACGGACGAGCGUGCGACGCGUGUGUUUAUUCACUAAGAAGCUAAUCUGUCGUUGUGUGUGAACAGUGAGUCUGGUCUCUCUCUGAACGUUUUCUGUCUAGCCGACAGAACUUGUGGUGCUAACUGGACCUACACUGGUGAGCGUCAUCCUGUAAUCUUUUGGUGCUGUUAUUAUUUUAGACAUUAUGGAUUUACACUUGAUUUGAUGAUGGUCCGUGCAGAAGUAAUGUAUUCGCGCUCAUGUAGCACUAGUCGUGAUGGUGCAUGGAUUGGUAGUUUAGUGUGUUAAAGCCUUGCAUAUAUUUCUUGUGUGUUCUGUGAAGGCCUUAAGCUUCAGCUAAGUCAGGUGUCAAAGGUCGUGCCGCCCAUCGGCUACAUGUUGGUGCUAGACCCUGAUUCAUGUUUACAGUUUCUGUAACUUUAGCAAAGAUGUGGUUUUCUGUUUGCUUUGCGACAUGGUAUCAUUUAUUCUCCAGACUAACGUCUCAGUUCCUCCAACUCAUUAGCAUCUGUGCUAAUCUCAGUCAUCCUCAUUGUCAUGUGCAUCGUCUUGCCAUCCUGAUUAUGUUAAACGAUUCCAAAUGAAGGAAACAAACGAAGUCUGAAAAACAUGUUUAUACUUUUUUCAUUCUGUCUGUAGCCCUGUAUUUGUGAUGUAUCUGUUGACGAUCCAUUUCAUUGAUCAAUAAACUCAUUUGAACAUA